AUGAAAUAUGAAGACAUAAAUAUUACUAAUUAUUUUUACGAUGCAGAUAUAUUUAACGUUAUAAAUCAAGAAUAUAAAGAUAAUUUUGACAUCCGUAUUGGAUACAAUGGUAUAUUUUCAAAUAAUUUAAUAAAAAUUUACUUUGCAGGAAUAUGUGCUAUAAAACCAAAUAAUAUUAAGUGUUUUAAAAGCUUUGAUUCAUUUUCAGGAAAAUUUGAUGACUCAUCUGAGCUAAUCUCUAUUUCAAAGGCAUUUAUAGAUGAAUUUCAAUUUAAGAAAAUAUCAAUUGGAACAUGUAUUUUAAUCGGCAUUUCUAUCUUGUUAUCUUUAUUCAAUUCUAUGCCAUUUAUACCAUACAUUCGCUUUCUUUCAGCAUUAAAUUUUUAUUUUAUAUUGUCAGGAACUAUUCUACUCAUUACACUUACUUUUAUUGUUCACUUCACCAUUUCUUCCUUGUAUACCAUCACAAGAGAAAUAAAUACUGAUAUAAUCAAGAUAAAUCCAGGGACUAACUUGGUUAUUUUAAGUUGGGUUUCUUGCAUCUUUGCACUUUUUUCUGCUAUGGAUUUUUUACUUGUAUCAAUGAGGCAACAUAUGGAAAAUAAAAAGAUAUUUCAAAACAAAAGUCUUAUAUAA